UCCCGCAAACUCAAUGAUGAGGAGCCUAACACCUACCCGUCACCCUCGGCUUGGUUCGCCCUGAGUUCGACUCGUUCCGCCUUCAGUAUCAUCGGCCACCCGGACCCCCAAGACCGCCAGCAUUGUCUUGUGUCUACGAACCCCUCCACGAGACGCAUGUGACGUGGGUUAUCAGCUAGCCUCGUUCAACAGCCCCCCGCCUGGCCCCAGGCUGGGCUUGGAACCUGCGACAGCUUCGACAUGGGCACUCUAGCAAGCCACCGGCUCCUCUGCGUUGCUGCAGCCGCCGUCACUCUGAGGCCGACACCACAAUGCCAAAUCCUGGUGAAACGGGCAACGCCAAACAUUGGCACCGGUCUCCACACUCAAAACGGCUUUUGUACCCUCACUCACUUCUCUCUACGGAGUACUCCGUAUGCCUACAAGGAUCUCACAUCGGUCCCCGCAUUUUAUGCCAAGCUUCGCGCUAGUCCACUCCUCCUAAUCUUUCAUCCCUUAACAAGGGGUAGUCUUGCCAUUAAUGGCAGUUGCCGAUGUCGAAUUCGAGCCUCGCCAUGUCACCCUACCCGACGGAGCCAGUCCAGUAUCUCCUCCGUAUAGUCCACUGCUUCAAAUUGGGUUUACGAUCCAAACAUCCUGCCUCCACGCCUUCUUGGAUCGGCAAAAG